AUGUCCCGCCCCAGGCUCAUUUCCCUUGACGCCUUUGCCAAAACCGUCGAGGACGCACGUGUCAAGACCGCCUCUGGCGGCAUGAUCACCCUCGUCUGUGUUUUCAUUGUGCUUCUUCUCAUCAGAAACGAAUACUCUGAGUACACCUCCAUGGUGGUCAGACCGGAGCUUGUUGUGGACAGAGACGUGAACAAACAGCUUGAUAUAAAUUUGGACAUCACGUUCCCCAACGUGCUGUGUGGCGUGUUGACGUUGGACAUUUUGGACAACCUGGGAGACCUUCACUUGGAUGUGCUUCAGUCUGGCUUUGACAUCUUCAGAGUGCUUCCGCUGGGCCAGCAGGUGAAGGACGAUCUUCCAAUCAUGUCUGGUGUGGAAAAGUGGCAGGAGACUUUGAAGGGCCAGCCUGGCCAGGCGUGUGGCUCUUGUUACGCUGCUGUCGACCAGACAGACAACAAGUACUGCUGCAACUCGUGUAAGGACGUCAGACUAGCGUAUGCUGUGAAGGAGUGGGCUUUUUACGAUGGCGAAAAUAUCGCCCAGUGUGAGGAGGAAGGCUACGUUCGGAAUCUCCAGCAGCGUAUUCGUGAUAACGAAGGAUGCAGAGUGAAGGGUCUGGCCAAGAUCACCAGAAUCUCCGGAAACCUCCAUUUCGCUCCUGGCAUCCAGAUCUCCCGUCAAGGCCGUCAUUCCCACGACAUGUCGUUGUGGCGCAAGUACGACAAGUUCGACAUUGACCACAUCAUCAACCACUUUUCGUUUGGAAAAGACCCCUCGGCCUCGCUUAAGCUUGCCCAUCCUGGCGAGCACAACCAGGCGCCUUCCAUUGCUCCUUUGGAUGGCCAUAACUUUAAACAGGGCAAGAAGGAGCACGUUGCGCUGUACUUCCUUUCGGUCGUUUCCACUCGUUUCGAGUACCUUGAGAACAGACAGACUGCUGAGGAGACGAACCAGUUUUCUGUGAUUACGCAUGACCGUCCAGUCGUUGGCGGUAGAGACGAGGACCACCAGAAUACCAUGCAUGCUCGUGGAGGUGUUCCUGGUGUUUUCUUCCACUUUGACAUUUCGCCCAUGAAAAUCAUCAACCGUCAGGAAUAUGCCAAAACGUGGUCGGGAUUCGUGUUGGGUGUGAUUAGUUCCAUUGCUGGUGUCUUGACGGUCGGCGCUGUGCUUGACCGUUCUGUGUGGGCUGCUGAACAGGUGCUCAAGGGCAAAAAGGAGACGUAG